UUCUUUCUCUCAAAUUGCGCUAAAAGGCUCUCAUUUUUUUUCACUGUGUGUUUGAGUGUGAAACUGCGUGUAAAUAGGAGCUCUAACAAAUCGAAAAGGGGUUUCAAAAACAAGAAGAAGAAUCCGAACUUGAUGUUGUUGUUGUCAUCCAUCGCUACAUUCUUGAAAACCCUAACUCGUUGAUUUUGUUGAUUAUCUGGUGGUGGUAUCUAGCUGAAAAAAAAAAAAACUAAACCCUAGUUUCUCAGAACUCAAUUUGGUGCUUUGGAAGUUAUUACGAUGUUGUUGGGAGUUGAAAUCAGUUCAGUGAAGUAAGUUGAAAGGGUAGAGAGAAAAGGGGGAAAGAAGCCAUGGAGGGGGAUGAUAGGGGUGUCAUAUUGGCAUGCGUAAUUUCGGGGACCCUUUUCUCUUUCUUGGGACUGGCUUCUUUUGCGAUACUCUGGGCUGUUAAUUGGCGACCAUGGCGGAUAUAUAGUUGGAUCUUUGCUAGAAAGUGGCCAAGUUUCUUACAAGGGCCUCAGCUGGGAAUAUUAUGUGGUUUCCUGUCGUUUUGUGCAUGGCUGGCUGUCAUUUCUCCUAUUGUAGUUCUUAUAACAUGGGGAUGUUGGUUAAUUUUGAUACUUGGUCGAGAUAUUAUUGGUUUGGCUGUCAUUAUGGCUGGAACAGCUCUUCUCUUGGCAUUCUAUUCAAUCAUGCUCUGGUGGAGAACACAAUGGCAGAGCUCAAGGGCUGUUGCUGUUCUUCUUCUUCUGGCUGUUGCACUGCUCUGUGCAUAUGAACUGUGUGCAGUUUAUGUCACAGCUGGUUCAACUGCUCCACAACGAUAUUCACCUUCAGGCUUCUUCUUUGGGGUCUCAGCAAUUGCUUUAGCAAUCAACAUGCUCUUCAUUUGUAGAAUGGUCUUUAAUGGCAACGGUUUGGAUGUAGAUGAAUAUGUCCGAAGUGCUUACAAGUUUGCUUAUUCUGACUGUAUUGAAGUCGGUCCAGUUGCAUGUUUACCCGAACCACCAGAUCCAAAUGACUUAUAUCCUAGACAGUCUAGAAGAGUGUCACACCUUGGGCUUCUUUAUCUUGGGUCGCUUCUUGUACUUCUUGUAUAUUCUAUAUUGUAUGGUUUAACAGCAAAGGAGUCAAAUUGGCUUGGGGCUAUUACAUCAGCUGCCGUUAUAAUUCUUGAUUGGAACAUGGGGGCCUGUUUAUACGGGUUUGAGCUUCUUCAAAGUCGUGUUAUUGCUCUUUUUGUUGCCGGCACAUCUCGUGUCUUCCUGAUAUGCUUUGGAGUUCACUACUGGUAUCUUGGGCACUGUAUCAGUUAUGCAGUGGUGGGGUCCGUCUUACUGGGUGCUGCUGUUACCCGUCACUUAUCCGUCACUAAUCCACUAGCUGCAAGAAGAGACGCGUUGCAGAGUACGGUGAUUCGUCUACGAGAGGGUUUUCGUAGAAAAGAACAAAACAGUUCAUCUAGCUCGUCUGAAGGUUGUGGCUCAAGUGUUAAACGUAGUAGUAGUGCCGAGACUGGUCACCUUGGCAAUAGUGUGCAUUGCAUGGGUGAUCCUAACAGCUGGAACCAUGUGGAGGGGAUUAACAGUGAGAAGAGCUUAGAUAGUGGAAGGCCUAGUUUAGCUCUACGCAGUAGUUCCUGCCGGUCGGUUGUUCAAGAGGCUGCUGUAGGACCAUCAUCAUACCCUGAGAGAAAUUUUGAUCAGAAUGGCGGUUUGGUAGUCUGUUCAAGUAGUGGGCUCGAGAGCCAAGGUUGCGAGUCUAAUGAAUCUAUGUCAGCAAAUCAACAGACGCUCGACUUAAAUUUAGCUUUGGCAUUCCAAGAAAAGUUUAACGAUCCAAGAAUUACAUCUCUGUUGAAGAGGAGAGCAAGACAAGGAGAUAUUGAGUUGACGAAUUUGUUGCAAGAUAAAGGGUUAGAUCCGAAUUUUGCUGUUAUGUUGAAAGAAAAUGGAUUGGAUCCAACGAUCCUUGCAUUGUUGCAGAGGAGUAGUCUGGAUGCAGAUAGAGACCAUCGUGACAAUACUGAUAUUAUGAUUACCGACUCAAAUGGUGUUGACAAUGCUUUGCCUAAUCAAAUUUCCUUGUCUGAGGAACUUAGGAUUCGUGGACUGGAAAAGUGGCUUCGAAUUUUCAGAUUGCUUUUGCAUCACAUAGCUGGUACACCAGAGCGAGCAUGGGUCCUCUUCAGUUUUGUCUUCAUCGUCGAAACCGUCAUUGUGGGCCAGUUUCGCCCGAAAACAGUUGAAGUCAUCGGUGCAACACAUCAACAGUUUGAAUUCGGUUGUGCAGUGCUGCUAUUAUCACUCGUUAUCUGUUCUAUCAUGGCUUUCCUUCGGUCACUACAAGCUGAAGACAUGGUGAUGACUUCAAAACCCCGAAAGUACGGAUUUAUCGCUUGGCUACUGAGCACUUGUGUUGGUUUGCUGCUUUCCUUCUUGAGCAAGUCGUCCGUUCUUCUUGGAUUGUCUUUGACAGUUCCACUCAUGGUAGCAUGCCUUUCUGUCGCCAUUCCUAUUUGGAUACGUAAUGGCUAUCGAUUUUGGGUAUCAAGAGUAGAUUAUGGAGGUCCAGUAGGAAAUUAUCAGACUCUCUGGAUGAAAGAGGGAGUUGUUCUUUCCAUCUGCAUAUCAAUAUUCGUUGGAUCGGUAUUAGCUCUUGGUGCAAUAGUCUCUGCAAAGCCUUUGGAGGAUUUAGGCUACAAGGGAUGGGCUGGUGGUCAGAACAGCAUCAAGUCUCCAUAUGCAUCAUCUGUUUACCUUGGCUGGGCAAUGGCUUCUGUAGUUGCUCUCAUAGUUACAGGCCUGCUACCAAUUGCAUCCUGGUUUGCCACAUACCGAUUCACUGUAUCUUCAGCUAUAUGUGUAGCCAUAUUUUCAGUUGUCCUGGUGGCAUUUUGUGGUGCAUCAUAUCUCGAGGUUGUGAGCUCGAGGGAUGACGAGGUCCCUGAAAAGACUGAUUUUCUAGCUGCAUUACUUCCCUUGGUGUGCAUCCCAGCUUUGCUAUCACUUUGCUCUGGUUUGCUUAAAUGGAAGGAUGAUAACUGGAGGCUUUCACGAGGUGCUUACGUGUUUGUCAUCAUUGGUCUUCUUCUUCUUCUUAGUGCGAUAUCAGCCAUUAUAGUCAUAAUUGAACCAUGGACGAUAGGGGCAUCGUUCCUUUUACUUCUCCUCCUCAUCGUUCUAGCUAUUGGUAUCAUCCACUUCUGGGCUUCAAACAACUUUUACUUGACUAGAAUGCAAAUGUUUGUUGUUUCGUUCUUGGCGUUUCUACUGGCCCUGGCUGCAUUCAUCGUCGGAUGGCACCAAGAUAGAUCUUUCGUUGGAGCCUCUGUUGGUUACUUCUCAUUUUUGUUCCUUCUGGCUGGCAGGGCAUUGACGGUGCUUCUUUCACCUCCCAUAGUAGUAUAUUCUCCACGAGUGCUGCCUGUAUAUGUUUAUGAUGCUCAUGCAGAUUGUGGGAAAAACGUCAGUGUAGCUUUCAUUGUCCUUUAUGGGAUUGCGUUGGCAAUUGAAGGCUGGGGUGUUGUUGCAAGCUUAGUAAUUUAUCCACCAUUUGCUGGAGCAGCUGUAUCAGCAGUUACACUUGUUGUAGCAUUUGGGUUUGCUGUUUCUCGGCCGUGUUUGACUCUCGAGAUGAUGGAAGAUGCUGUACACUUUCUCAGUAAAGACACUGUCAUUCAGGCAAUUGCUCGAUCUGCCACCAAGACAAGAAAUGCUCUAGCAGGAACUUAUUCAGCUCCUCAGAGGUCUGCUAGUUCGGCGGCUCUUUUAGUCGGCGACCCUACUGUUAUGCGUGAUAGGGCAGGAAAUUUUGUGCUUCCUAGAGCAGAUGUCAUGAAAUUAAGAGACCGCCUGAAAAACGAAGAACUAGCUGCAGGAUCGAUUAUUCGCAAGAUAAAACAUGGGAUAUUGUUUCAGCAUGAUUCGACCAACGACGUAGGCUAUAGAAGAGAAAUGUGUGCGCAUGCUCGGAUUCUAGCUUUAGAAGAAGCAAUCGAUACAGAAUGGGUCUACAUGUGGGAUAAAUUUGGUGGUUAUCUACUUCUUUUGCUUGGUUUGACCGCCAAGGCUGAACGUGUACAGGAUGAGGUUCGCUUAAGACUCUUUCUUGACAGCAUCGGUUUUUCGGAUCUAAGUGCCAAAAAGAUCAAGAAGUGGAUGCCGGAAGACCGUAGGCAGUUUGAAAUUAUACAGGAGAGUUAUAUAAGAGAAAAGGAGAUGGAAGAGGAAAUCUUGAUGCAGAGACGUGAAGAGGAAGGGAGGGGUAAAGAAAGAAGGAAAGCUCUUUUGGAAAAGGAAGAACGUAAAUGGAAGGAGAUAGAAGCUACCCUCAUAUCAUCUAUUCCAAAUGCUGGAAGCCGGGAGGCAGCCGCCAUGUCUGCUGCCGUACGUGCGGUAGGAGGUGAUUCAGUUCUUGACGAUUCUUUUGCACGUGAAAGAGUUUCAAGCAUAGCUCGGCGAAUUCGUGCCACUCAGUUAGCUCGUCGUGCGCUCCAGACGGGAAUCUCUGGUGCUGUGUGUGUUCUUGAUGAUGAACCAGUAACAAGUGGGAGAUACUGUGGGCGGCUAGAUCCCACUAUUUGUCUGAGUCAAAAGGUUAGUUUUUCGAUGGCGGUUAUGAUCCAACCCGAGUCCGGGCCAGUUUGUCUGCUGGGCACCGAGUUUCAGAAACAAGUGUGCUGGGAGAUUCUCGUUGCUGGUUCUGAGCAAGGAAUAGAGGCUGGACAAGUGGGGCUUCGGCUAAUAACCAAAGGAGACCGACAAACCACUGUUUCAAAAGAGUGGAAUAUCGGUGCAGCUUGUAUUGCCGAUGGAAGGUGGCAUACUGUUACAGUGACCAUUGAUGCUGAUUUAGGAGAGGCAACUUGCUACUUAGAUGGUGGUUUUGAUGGGUAUCAAACGGGAUUACCAUUGCGUUUGGGAAAUGGCAUUUGGGAGCAGGGAACAGAAGUGUGGGUUGGUGUGAGACCACCAACGGAUGUGGAUGCAUUUGGGAGAUCCGAUAGUGAAGGUGCAGAAUCCAAAAUGCACAUAAUGGAUCUUUUCCUUUGGGGAAGAUGCUUGUUAGAAGAUGAAAUUUCUGCCCUUCCUGCUGCCAUGGGUUCCACUGUCUACAAUAUGCUCGAUCUCCCUGAAGACAAUUGGCAAUGGACAGAUUCUCCUCCUAGGGUUGAUGAAUGGGACAGCGAUCCUGCUGAAGUAGAUCUAUAUGAUAGAGAUGAUGUAGAUUGGGAUGGUCAGUAUUCUAGUGGCAGGAAAAGAAGAUCAGAACGCGAAGGAGUGGUUGUGGAUAUGGAUUCUUUUGCAAGAAGGUUAAGAAAACCGAGAAUGGAAACCCAUGAAGAAAUCAUCCAAAGAAUGCUAUCAGUUGAACUGGCCGUGAAGGAAAACCUCUUGGCCAAAGGAGAAGCACACUUCACUGAUCAAGAAUUUCCUCCAAAUGAUCGUUCGUUGUUUGUCGACCCUGAUAACCCCCCUUCUAAGUUGCAGGUUGUAUCGAGAUGGAUGAAACCAACUGAAAUCGUGACCGAAAACCAGCUGGGUUCUUCUCCAUGCUUAUUUUCCGGGGAUGCAAAUCCUUCUGAUGUUUGUCAGGGGCGGUUGGGUGAUUGUUGGUUUUUGAGUGCUGUUGCUGUCCUGACCGAGGUUUCGCGGAUAUCAGAAGUUAUAAUCACGCCAGAAUAUAACGAGGAAGGAAUCUACACCGUCCGAUUCUGUAUUCAGGUACUGCAGUCCAACCAACUAGCAGAUUCUAUAGCUGAUUUUAUUGCUGUUAAUAACCUUUGUGUAUUCUUAUUGAAGGGGGAAUGGGUUCCCGUUGUUGUUGACGACUGGAUUCCGUGCGAAUCGCCCGGAAAACCAGCUUUUGCCACCAGUAAGAAAGGGAACGAACUAUGGGUUUCUUUAUUAGAAAAAGCGUAUGCCAAGCUUCACGGCUCCUAUGAGGCAUUAGAAGGAGGACUGGUCCAAGAUGCACUUGUUGACCUCACGGGAGGUGCGGGUGAGGAGAUCGAUAUGAGAAGUGCCCAGGCCCAGAUCGAUCUUGCUAGCGGAAGAUUAUGGUCUCAGUUAUUACGCUUUAAACAAGAAGGAUUCUUAUUAGGUGCCGGAAGUCCAUCUGGUUCGGAUGUGCAUAUAUCUUCCAGUGGCAUCGUUCAAGGCCAUGCUUACUCAUUGCUGCAGGUUCGAGAAGUGGACGGCCACAAACUCGUUCAAAUUCGAAAUCCAUGGGCAAACGAGGUCGAAUGGAACGGUCCUUGGUCCGAUUCAUCACCUGAAUGGACUGACCGGAUGAAGCACAAGCUUAAGCAUAUCCCCCGGGCAAAAGAUGGUAUAUUUUGGAUGUCUUGGCAAGAUUUCCAGAUUCACUUCCGGUCAAUAUAUGUUUGCCGUGUGUACCCUCCCGAGAUGCGAUACUCGGUCCACGGGCAAUGGCGAGGUUACAGUGCUGGUGGAUGCCAAGAUUACGAUACAUGGCACCAGAACCCGCAAUUCAGAGUGAGAGCCACUGGUUCUGAUGCAUCAUGUCCCAUACAUGUGUUCAUAACCUUGACUCAGGGGGUGAGUUUCUCGAGAACAACAGCUGGGUUCAGAAACUAUCAAUCUAGUCACGAUUCGAUGAUGUUCUACAUCGGGAUGAGGAUAAUCAAGACUCGUGGUCGUCGUGCUGCUUACAACAUCUAUUUACAUGAAUCGGUUGGCGGGACAGAUUACGUGAAUUCUCGAGAAAUAUCAUGCGAGAUGGUGUUAGAGCCCGAUCCUCGAGGCUACACAAUAGUACCAACAACAAUACACCCUGGAGAAGAAGCACCCUUUGUUCUUUCUGUAUUCACCAAAGCAUCCAUCACCCUUGAAGCUCUAUAGACUGCAAUUCCGCAGCCAUUUUGGUUCAACAUCACGCAAUCGGGAUCUAAUCCAUAUGUUCGGCUGCUUGCUUUUUUCCGAACCCGUGAACCCACCUGGUGGAUCGCAACCAUAGUAAACGAUGCCAUUCUUGAUCAAGAUUGAUCAAAUGUCAUACAAAUGGCCCACCUGGAGUUCCAGAUUUUGCAUUCCGACUGCUGCCAUUCUAAAUCCAGAUCUACGGAAAUGGUAUGGUGGUUUAACGGGAGGUUUGCAGGGUGCGGUAAAAACGGAAUUUUCAGGGGUAAUUGAUGCUGUAAGAAUAUAGGGAAUGUAAUGAAUCAUGUAAAUGAAAUAGGAAAAGAGAUAGGAAAAUUGAGUUAGGUAUACAGGUAACAACAGGGGGUGUUUCAAUGGUGGCCAACUGCAGUUUUGAAGAGUGGUUUAGUGGAGGAGCUUGGCACUUGACUUCAUUUCCUUUUUGAUUUUUAGUAAUCAUCAUGUACAUGUUGACUUCUGUUUAUUGAAAUGAGAAAUAUAUAUUCAUCUGUUC